AUGUUUGAGAAAUAAAGAGAAUAGUUAUGAUUAUAUUUAAGAAAAGGCAGUAGACUCAGAUUGCAACCCUGCCGUGGAUAGAUGCCGGGAUCAACACGCGACUUGUAUUAUGACGCCAGAUAGACAAAGAUAUAGAUGCACGUGUAACGAUGGUUACAAGAAUGAAAAUGGGAGGUGCAAAGCCAAAGGAAUAUAUUUACCCAAAGCCGAUUAUGACAGUGACUGGACACUUAUACGAAAGGGCGGAUCUAAAUGGUAUCUCGAAUUCGAACAUGGACUGGGGGCAGUACCGGUGAUAGUCGAUGUCCAAGUUGAAGUAAAUAAUUACAUUUUCCAUGCUAUAGGGUUUCCUCCCGGAAUAUCUUCGCAAAAUCUCGACCGUGAAAGCACAGUUGUAUAUAUCUAUGAUGAAAAUUUUGUAAAUGUUUCGACCCUAAAAUCAGGAGGUUGGAGCGAUAUGGACGGUCUUGUUUCAAUAAGUAAUAACAACUGGUAUGGCUAUACGACAUACUGGAGUAAACACGGAUAUGUAAGAGUUCAGGCAUGGAAAUCUGAGUCACUUCCGAAUUCAGACGUAUCGGACAAUACGACAGAACUGAGGGCUAAUACUUCUAAAGCGAGCGACUCGUUUUAUGAACUAGAUCAUGGUCUAGGAGAAUAUCCCGGUAUUGUUGUUGUUCGAGCUAAAAUGGAGUAUAAUGGUACAACUUUCUACGCAGAUGGAGUAGGAUCAGCACUUAAUGUAUUCAGAAGCAACGAAAACGAGACAAACUCGUGCCUGGUUUAUGGAUACAGUGACUCCAAGAUCCGGGUAUGGGUCGACUCUUCUACAAUUGGAGCAAUAUAUGAUGGUAGAAAGAACACAAAAUUCGACAUGAUGGUAUCGGUGGCUGUACUCGAGAUAUAUGCAUGGAGGUUAUCUACGAUUACGCCUUUCUUCACGUAUAUGUUCCCGCUAGACGAGGAUCGAUUUUCGAUUGCUACUAAAUUUUUAAUGAAAUAUAAUCUUGGUGACGGACUUACCUUGACUACGGCACAGAUAAUCGAUGCAUCAAGUCAGAACAAAGAUUUCCGGUUCCCUUCGUCAGCGUUCCUGGCGGAUAAAUACGGUGCUACAAAGAACAAAACAAACGCGCCGGAAUGCAUGUUUGGAGGUUUUACUGCUGCUUAUUCAAAAAGAGUUUGGAUUUUUAGAAAUAACGAAAUAACACUCCUCCUGAAUAAGCCUGUACAAUACAGUAAUCCAUAUGAAUAUCAAGGGGCUUUGUUAUGUAUACCUGACACAUAUGGGGGAGGAACUUAUACCGAUGCAGCCCAUAAUGGCAUUGGAAUCCUUCACAGCUGGAUAAAUGGAGAUUGUGGCGAACCACCGGAACAAACGAAUGGCUAUUUAAAUACUACAGUAAAUGGAACAGAAAUUGGCGCCUUUGCAACAUUGGAGUGUUAUGACGGGUACAGGGCCUCCUAUAGCAGCCAACCAGUCUGUGAUAAUACUGCGCAUUGGGAGGUUUUUGUCUGGUGCAAGCCAGUUGAAUGUGGGGAGGUUGAAGCGCCAACAAAUGGUACAAUGAAUGUAAGUGGUCUUACAUUUGGAAAUAACGUAACAUUCCAAUGUGAGGAAGGCUUUAUGAUAAAAGGUACUGAUAUGAUUAAGUGUGUGUCAACCGGAAGUUGGUCUGCCAGCGUUCCAACUUGCAUUGAAGAUAAAUACGACUCUGGUGACAAAGACAAGGUUUCAAACAGUAACAAACCAAGUUGGAGCAUAAUAGGUCUUUUACUGACGAUCAGUUUAUCGUAUAUUACGUCAUCGAUACGAUGUUAUUUAUGACGUCCUGAAAUUACCCUAAAAAAUGAAGUGCAAUAUUCCAUAACAAAAAAAAAGUUUUACGAAAAAGAAACAUUUGAGACAUGGGCUUGAACACUGUAUGAGAGGAUACGUUUGAUAUAUAUGUUGCCGUAGUGAUAGAUUUUGGAUAAAAGUGUGCUUAACAAAUGAGGAGUAAACAAGAUAUCACACUCCUGUUACGUUUUUUCAUCGUUCUCUGGGAUAAUUAAUUCAUCCGGUGAUUAAUUCCAAUACUAUUUAGUGUUGAAUCUUGUAUGUACGUGAACGUAAUCAACAAAACUAUAUCUACAAUAUUUAUCUUUGUUGUUGUCGUUGAUUUUAUGCAAAUAUUCUUUUUAUAAUAAUUAUAAUGUUUGUAAUAUCUAUUAU